UUGCAACUGGCCACAAAGAUAUCGACGCAUGACUGGGCAACGCAAGGUCCACCGACGCACCAAGGCCAAGGGCCAGCGCAGCUGCGCUUCGACGGGCAAGGAGCCCUUCGAGGUGGCCAUCCAGGGUCUCCUGAUCUGGGCCGUAUCCAGCCGCAAGUCGCCGACGCCAUUCAACGACGCUGUCGCCAAGCUCACGGCGGCUGCGCGCGUGCAUCCCGCGCCCUUCACCGUGUGCGGCGUUCGGCUCACGGUACCCAAGCUGUCGUAUGCGCACCUCCGAUUGGGCGACGAGGUCAUCGCGCGGGCGCUGGUCCAGUCGGGUGUCUACGACGUGGUCCUCGCCGAACACGACCGGAUGACCAAUCAUUUCUGCCGCAACGCUGGGUUCGAACCGACGAUCAAGCGCUUCCACGAGCUGCCGGGCGCGCCGUUGCCGGACGUGAUCGCCAACCGCGUCCGCGACCUCUCGGUGGAGACGUUCCUCUUCGACAAGGGCGACCCCCGGCAAGCCGACUUUUGCGGCCUGCAGUUUUCGCUCGUGUUUUGGCCCAAGACCGCUCGCGUUCUGCUCUUCGACCUCAUGACCGGGGUCGAGAUUCUUUUCGACGCCGUGCAGCGUCGGUCGGUCGACACUCGCCUCGGGCUGCCAUCAACGAUGGCGCUCGUCGACGCUCUCUUGCCUCGGUUUGGCGACGCCCGCGAGUCGGAGCGCGCCACGUUAUACGCCCACAGCCUCGCUCUCUUUUGCGACGCGCUCAUUACGCUCAAGCAACUCGACCCUGUCACGCGCUUUCUGAGCCGCUUCCUCCGUGGCACCUCCGACGACACGACCUUCUCCAACAUCGCCUCGUUCGUUUCGAUUCUCAUCCGCGACUUUGGCUGGGAACCGCUCGCCAAAUCCCUGCAUACGAUGCUCCGCCGCUGGGCGACCACGCUGUCCGGACUUCGCCUGUGCUACCGCCUCGUCGCGAGCUUGGCCGGCGCCGCCGAGUCGCCAAUCUGCGACCCGAUUUCGCAGCCGUUUGCGAUCGAGCUCAUUGUGUCGCUCUGGUCGACGAUCGCUAUUUUGGCCCAGCGGCUACUCUGCCCGAGCCGCCACGUGGGCACGAGUGACGCGGUGGCAGCCUCGCGCGCGGUGUUUCAGUUUAGCUCGUUUUUAGAGCUCCACGUAGCCCGACCAGAGCACAUGCGCCAGCGCUGGCUUCACAACCGCCUUCCGGACCGCGUCGUCGCCACGGUCGCGUCCUUCUUGGGGCCGGUGCCGACGCUGUCGAUGCUCGAGCAGAUGCGCCUCUUUGAGCCCGUGAUUGACAUGGCGUCGGGAGUUGCAGCAGCAAUUCGAUUGGGUUUGGACUGCGAUGCGAACAAGGGCUACAUCCACACGAUCCUCGACACGUAUUUGGCGGGCGACUACGACGACUACCCGGCGUUCGAUAUGCAGCUCGUGUCGUCGCUGCUGGUGGUCGCCGCCGCUGGCCACCGCUUCGAUACCGUGUUGGACCAUCUGAAACGCCGUCGGCGACUAGCGUUGGCACCGUCGAUUUUGGCUUUUGCAAAGCUCUGGCCUGCGUUGGCGUCCGGUGACGUAGGCACCCAGUGUUCGCUCGUGCUGUUGCGCGCCGCCGGUGACGUCAAUGACAAUGUGAACUCUCAAGGACGCCAGACGCCUGUGCUCAACACGAUCUCGGCGCUGACGUAUUUUGCAAAAUUUGACCGCGCGCUCUUGAGCCGCUUUACCGACAGCUGGCUCGGCGCGUUGACGUUGCAGCAGCUGCAGACGACGCUUGGCGACGUGGUCAUUGAGCUCCAUAUGCAGGUGCCAUCGGAGUCGCGCUUGCUCCAUCGCCUCGCACAAAAGCACGUCGACGCGGUGGGCCGACCUCUGGAGCUCACCGACUACGCGCUGCGCAACUUGCACGCGCCAAACUGCUGCGACCGCUGUGUCGAGUUCAAAGCCUUUUUGCUGGCGCCUUUGCGCAUCACGUUUGCACUUGGCGACAACAGUACGUGCACGACGUUGCUUAGCAUUAUCGACGCCAACCCGCUGCAGCUGCGGCUUCAAAACACAUCUUCGCCACGCCACGACGACAACUUCCGGCUUGAGCACUCGGUCCUACAACGCUCGGGUCAUGUGGCUUUUGUGAGCAAGGUGCGGCAGCCUGGCCAAGUCACGCCCGAUGUCCUCCGCGCGCACUUGGCCUUCGCGCGGGAAAACGCCGAGCAGAAGCAAAAGACGGACCGUGUGGCGCAUAUUCGGGACGCAAUGGCGGCGGGCAUGGCGGCGGACGCAGCGUCGCUUUGGACGGCGCACAACUAG